CUUUCGCUCAGGUGGCAUCUCCAUACUGAAUGUCAUUCUGAAAUAAAUGGCGCUGAUUUACAAGCAUUUUUCGUUAAAUUCCUGUAGCUAAAAAUGUCCAGUGAAAGCGAGCAGUAUUAUAGCGAGGAAGCGGAGGAUUCUGUAGUUAACAACUCGAGUUUGGGCCGAUCAAGAAAGUCCUCGCGACGCAGCAAAUCCUCGCGCCCUAGUAGCGUUGGCGUGGUUAUAGAUGAAACGGAAUCAGAAGAGGAGGAGUCCCAGUCAAGUGAGUCAGCGGAAUCUGAAGAGGCCGGUGAAUCCGAGAACUCACAAAAUUCCCAGGAGUCUGAAGUCUCUGAUGACGACAGCGUUCGUCCGCCCGCCAGAAACACUAAGAGGAAGCUCUUGGGAAUCUCCUCCGAUACCGAAGAUGAAGACGACGAGCUAGAACAGCGCGCUUUAUCUCCCAGCACUCGCAUGAGCAUCACUGGGGUGCGACCUCAGGAUCUCAGCGAUGAGGACAGCGAAAUCGAGUACAGCGAUGGGUUGCAGGAGGCGCCUCUGGAAGCAAAAACUGCCGAAUCGGUCGUUCCGCGCUACACCACCCAGUUUGCUGAUAAUAUACAGAACGCCCUCCACUCCACGCUCGGUGCUGCGGAUUCUGAGGUCUUGGACGACUCCAGUGGCAGUGAUGUGCUCAUACUAAGCAACAAAGAGGCACCAAUUGAGAUACUUUCCAGCACAGACGACGAUGCUAGCACCAAUAAGGAAAACCUGACAGGUCCGCCAUUUGUACGCCCAUCUAAGUCUUUCUCGCCCAGAAGCAGUGCUGGUGCUCCGGUGGUCAAGACAAGUAAGAAACUCAGUCAGCCAACAAUACACGCGGUUCUUAAGCAAAAGACAUCUCCUGCCGCUCCACGUCGAUCUCGUAUUAAGAGCGAGGACCAGAAGGUGGUCAGCCAGGUGGUCUACGAUGAAGAGAUGCGUAAGUUGGCCGAAAAGCGCGUUCAGCUAAGCGAUGCGGAGAAGCUAUUCGAGAAAGUGGCGCACAAGCUGCCCGACAAGGGCAGCCAGAUUAGAAAGCGCAUUGACACCCUGCGCCGUGAGCUGGAAGUGGCCGCACAAUCUGCAAACGGACUAACGGUUGAGCCGAGUAGUGUGUCUGCAGUCAAAGUGGUCAAGUCAACAUUGAAUCCGCCCAGAGCUCCGUCCAUCGAUACUCCUGACUGGGAUGAGUUGUCGGAGGCUGUCAAUGAAAUCAAACCCGUCUAUACGGGUGCCCAAGGAAUGGCCACGUUUAACAACCAGAAGGCACUGACCCUGGAAUCGCUAAAGGACCUCCACGUCUCACUCAAGGACCUCCCUGGACCCGAAGUGCUCGCGGAAGAUCCUAUGGGCCUGAAAGUAUCGCUUAUGAAUCACCAAAAGCACGCCUUAGCCUGGAUGUCCUGGCGCGAAUGUAAACUACCUCGGGGAGGAAUCCUGGCCGACGAUAUGGGUUUAGGCAAGACUCUAACAAUGAUCUCAUCUGUCCUUGCGUGCAAAAAUCGCCAAGAGGGCAAAGAUGACAGCAGCGACAGCGACAGUGAGGAUGAUAAAAAGCGAAAAAGCGUGGUCGGAUGGAAAUCCAAGGGCCGUAAAGAUACACAUAGGGGCGGCACAUUGGUGGUGUGCCCUGCCAGCUUGCUGCGUCAGUGGGAGAGCGAGGUGGAAUCCAAGGUUUCACGUAAUAAACUGACCGUUUGCGUGCAUCAUGGCAACAAUAGGGCGACGAAGGGAAAACACCUUCGAACUUACGACAUUGUGGUGACAACCUACCAAAUUGUGGCGCGAGAGCACAAGAGCUUGAGUGCUGUGUUCGGCGUCAAGUGGCGUCGGAUCAUAUUGGACGAGGCACACGUGGUGCGUAAUCACAAAUCGCAGUCGUCAUUGGCGGUGUGUGAUUUACGGGGCAAAUAUCGUUGGGCUUUGACUGGCACUCCUAUUCAAAACAAGGAGCUGGAUGUAUUUGCCCUACUGAAGUUCCUGCGCUGCUCGCCUUUUGAUGAUUUAAACACGUGGAAGAAGUGGAUUGACAACAAGAGUGCUGGAGGGCAAAAUCGUCUUAAUCUUUUAAUGAAGUCACUAAUGCUGAGGCGCACGAAAGCACAGUUGCAAUCGGAUGGCAAGCUGAACAGCUUGCCAAAUAAAGAGUUGCGCCUGAUCGAGAUCUCGCUGGACAAAGAGGAGAUGAAUGUUUACCAAACUGUAAUGACUUAUUCGAGAACACUGUUCGCUCAGUUUCUCCAUCAGCGCGCCGAGAGAGAAACGGAUUUUAAUUACAGAAGCGAUGCUAAUAAACCAACCUACAACCAAAUUAAAGAUCCCAAUGGGGCAUAUUACAAAAUGCACGAAAAGUUUGCCAGAAUGGCCGGAAGUAAAAGGGAGGUAAAAUCUCAUGAUAUAUUGGUGUUAUUGCUGCGUCUUCGACAAAUUUGCUGCCAUCCUGGGCUUAUCGAUGCGAUGUUGGAUGGAGAGGAAUCCCAGAGUAUGAGAGACCACGGUUCUGACAGCGAUACACCGGAAAUUGACUUGCUAGCCCAGCUUAAUAAACUCGCAAUUACGGACACCUCGACGGAGGGUCAGCUUUCGGUUGCCAAUGCAGGUGACGACGGUCCUCCGCUGUUGCCAGAUGAAGCCCGCAUUGCCAAGGCCUCCAAAAAUCUGCUGAAGCGCAGUAAUCCAGUAUUUAACCUGCGACGUCCCUCUUCAAAAAUUAACAUGGUGGUACAAAUCCUUAAGACUUCGAUCUUAAAAAGCUCGGACGACAAAGCAAUUGUAGUAUCGCAGUGGACUUCAGUCUUAGACAUUCUUCGGGAACAUUUGAGUAAGGAUGGUGUGACGACCCUAUCUUUAAACGGUACUAUUGCGGUGAAAAACCGUCAAGACAUUGUAAAUCAGUUUAACGAUCGAAACAAUCAAAAGCGCGUUCUUUUGCUUUCCCUUACUGCUGGUGGUGUGGGCUUGAACCUGAUUGGUGCAAACCACCUGUUGCUCUUGGAUCUUCACUGGAACCCCCAGUUGGAGGCACAGGCACAGGACCGGAUCUACCGCGUUGGCCAAAAAAAAAACGUGAUAAUCUAUAAGUUCAUGUGCGUGGACACAGUUGAGCAGCGAAUCAAAGCAUUGCAAGAUAAAAAAUUGGAUCUGGCCGAUGGUGUCCUCACAGGCGCCAAAGUUAGUUCAAAACUUACUAUAGAUGACCUAAAAGGAUUGUUUGGAAUGUGAGCUUGCUUGUAAUGUUAGUUUUUUUUAUCAACUUACUUUUUGUUGUUUUGCAAAUGUAUUCCAUAGAAGACUCUUUUAUGUUUAUUUACAGCGAAAUAUUUAUUCAAGAUUAAUGUAAAUUUUCUUUAUGUUUUCAUUUCUUUGUUUCAAAGCUUUUGUAUUUAAAUUAACUAGAAUACCAUUUAAGUUGUUUGGUGAAUUAUAAUGAGUUCCAUUAAAA